GGGGCGAGUGUCGGUGAGCGCGCGGAGGGGCGCGUGAACACUUAGAAUAAUAAUGAAUGUAUCGGCUGAGUCGGUGCUUCGGUUUCAGCUUGAGCUCGAGCGCAGUCGGAUUAUCAUCACGAGGGGCAGAGAGAAGGAGAGUGUGUGUGUUUCUAGAGAAAGGAAGCAAGAAAGAAAGAAAGAAAGAAAGAAAGAAACAGAGAGAGAGAGAGAGAGACAGACAGACAGAGAGAGAAAGCAAGCGCGCGCGCGCCCCGUUCAUUCCACUCAAAUAAUGUAGACGAAAGCAGCAGAGACGCCGAGUGAUACUGUGUUUAUAGCGGAAAGUAUGUUCACAGUGUCGGUGCUGCAGCUGGGAAAAGUUCAACUCAGACCCCUACAGAAGACUUCAGGGAGAAAAUGUCGGAGCGAGCAACCGAGGGGGUCAUUCAGCCAGGCGUGAUGCAGCGCGGAGUUUCAGACUUGUGUCUGGAGCUUGAGGCUGAUGCGACUGUUCGAGAUGGAACACGUCCCCGGCUGGGUCUGGACAACCUGCAACAGAAGAUGUUGAAGGUGACUGAACAGCUGCGUAUCGAGCAGGCCUUGAGGGACGAGAAUGUGGCAGAGUACCUGAAGCUCAUUGAUACCGCUGACAAGCAGCAAAGCAGUCGCAUCAAGCAUGUGUUCGAGAAGAAGAACCAGAAGUCCGCACAGAGCAUCGCACAGCUGCAACGCAAGCUCGAGCAAUACCACCGGAAGAUCAAGGAAUGCGAUACUGCCGCCUCGGCCAACGGCACCAAACAGGCACAGAUGCCUAGUAAAGAUGUUAAAGAAGCUAAAGAAGCAUCCAGGGACAGCCUGAAAGACUGCGUCAAGGAAACAGGGGCCAGAAGUGCAUGUACCCGAAACCAACAUUUGGACAAGGUGAAGACAGUGGGCCCAGGGGUCUCACUCUCGCCACCGUUCUUCUUCAACAAGUCACGAGGCAUCGCCAGCCUCAUCCGCAACAAAUUUGGCAGCGCUGACAACAUCGCACACCUGAAGAGCACAAUGGAGACGGGAGGCGGGCUGAGAGCCGAGGGGGCGGGACGAGCACUGAGCGGCAGCGCCACGCUAACGAGCAAGCCAAAGUAUCCGAGCGACGAUGAGUGUUCAACAGGCACAUCAGCUUCAGCAGAGAGCAGUGGGCACGGCGGACAGGCCGAGGACGGACAGGUGGAGAGUGUAAGCAGACUUAGUGAUGCUCUGGAGGAGGUCAGGGAGCUUCGAGACGCACAGGGUCACCUCACCGAGGACAUCGAAAGUCUGAGGAACCAAGCCAAACGUAAUUACGGCUUCAUCUCCCAGAUGUUGCAGGAAGAGCGCUACAGGUGUGAACGACUAGAGGAUCAGUUGAACGACCUGACGGAGCUGCAUCAAAACGAGACCACCAACCUGAAGCAGGAACUAGCCAGCAUCGAGGAGAAAGUAGCCUACCAGGCCUACGAGCGAGCCCGUGACAUGCAGGAGGCAUUGGAGGCGUGUCAGACACGGCUCAGUAAGUUGGAGUUACAGCAGCAGCAGCAACAGUUGGUGCAGCUGGAGAGCACAGACGCCAAACUGUUACUUGGAAAGUGCAUCAACAUUAUGCUGGCCAUCGCCACGGUGAUCCUGGUGUGCGUCUCUACGGCGGCCAAGUUCACGGCACCACUACUGCGCAGCCGCCUGCAUGUGCUCGCCACUUUGGCAUGCAUGUGUUUGCUUGCACUAGGCUGGAGCCACUGGGAACAUGUUCAGUGCGUGGUGGAGCAAAUUCUUCUGACCAGAUGAAGGAGGCAGCCCUGCGCAUGUGUGUGUGUGUGUGUGUGUGUGUGUGUGUAUGUUUCAGAUUAUGAUUCGGGACACUGGUACACGGGUCAGGACUAUUCCGAUUUAACUUUACAUCUUUACACAAACUUAAGAUUUGUGUGUGUGUGUGUGUGUGUGUGUGUGUGUGUGUGUGUGUGUGUGUGUGUGUGUGUGUGUAUGUUUAUCUGCUCCAGGACUCUGUAGGAGGUGCUGAGGUUUCCAUCUCAGUAACUGUACUGUAUUAUUUGUUCUGGUUCGUGCAACAUGCAAAUGUGGAGGAAUUCUCAGAAGUGCAAGGAAACUUGAGUCUAUAAUUGUUUUAUAAUGAGGUUAAUAUCCUCCUUGUGACCACAGUAUGCAGUCCAAAGUAGAAAUAAUUGGUUUGGCUCCAAUGUUUACUUUUACUUUGCCAGAAUUUCUUUACUGUUCAGGGUGAAGUGGGUAGAGCUAACCUUCGAUAAGGGUUUGGUAUGCUUUACUCUCACCAAUGACGAGCAGUCUAGGGAGCGAAAGCAAAUGUAGCAUGCGGAAACUACUGUGUUAAUUGUGUAAUCGAGUAGCGGAAUAGAGAAUAGGGCCAUACUCACACCAUGCACCUACUCCCUGGGAAUGCAAUAGUCUGGAGUUGUAAAUGGAUACGGUUUACGGUGAGGUGAGGGAUGUUUAUUUAUCUAUUUAAUUAAAUCACUCCUAGUGGUCGAAUCCUUAAAACUCUGUCAAUGAUCAUGUUUUGAUUCACUGUUCUGUGUACUUACAGUCCUGGUGUAAAUAUGUUCACCUGCACCUUGUGUGGUGGAAGUCUUUAUGGACAACUUUUCCUUUAGAGCAGGAAUAAACCAAAGCUCAGCAUUCACCAGCUCUCAUAAAUGCAGUGUGAUGCUCACCUUCAACUGUGCAAGUACACUGUGUGUGUAGGUAGGUGUGUGUGUAGGUGUGUGUGUAGGUGUGUGUGUGUGUGUGUAGGGGUGUGUGUGGAUGUAUGUAGGGGUGUGUGUGGAUGGGUGUGUGUGUGUGUGUAGGUGUGUGUGUGGAUGUAUGUGUGUGUGUGUGUGUGUGUGUGUGUGUGUGUGUGUGUGUGUGUGUGGUUAAGCCUUGAAUUAAGCAGUGGAAUGCUGAGCUGUGUAAUAGAGUGAAAUGUAGGUCUUUUUAAAUGAAGGUUUUAAGGACUAUUUUUAUACCUCUGUUAUUCAGAAUCUGUUUUGAUGAGUCUGUGAAUACACUGAUUAACUGUCUCUCAUGGUGUUUGUGUCUUCAUCACCUCCUUUCAAAUUUGUAGGACAAACACCUUUGGUAAUGUUCUACUAUACAUUUGCUUUUCUUGCUGAAUGACUGAUUACAAUCUUUCUAAUCUAAUCUGCGAAUCUGUAACUUCAGACCACUUUAUGGAUGGAGCACACUUCAUUAAUUGGGUUCAACCCAUAAUAAGCAAUCAUUUCACUUCCCAGAUGUAGUUGAUCAGCCAGAUUAGGUUUGGUGUAUGUCUGUUUCUUUAAUUCGACACUAGAGCUGAUGCCAAGGAAGCAGUGAAGAUUUAGAAGCAGCAUACCUAUAAAUAUUGUCGCAUCACUGUUGGAACUGAGCAUCCAGGAAGUCUCCAUGGUGUUCACCAGACGUUUAACACAGGUAAUGUCUGACCCAGUAACCGCAUGCUUGUGGUGAUUUUUUUCCGAUGCACUGAACACACAUCUGUAUGAGCCUGUAUGAGCACAGGUCUUGCCACAUGGCUCAGUUUAUCACUUAUAUUGGGAAGAAGCGGCUUGGCAGUGAACAUUGUGCAGGAAAAUGAGUGAAAAUCCACAUAGCCAGUGGACCACUGAUCAGCUAAAUAUUGAUGACUGAACUAUUCUGAGGAGAUAAUAAUAAACAUGACAACACACGACAUGGUGGAGAACGAAUGAAAACGAUCACAAUGUGCAGUGUUGUAGGCUGACACAUGCUCGGGGGUGGUGGUAUACUAGAAAGAAUUGAACAAGUUUGUAGAGAUACAGUACGUAGGUGAAUGCUAAUCAAACUAACAAUGCUAAAGAAAACUAGUGGGAAAAAGUCUAGAGUUUCCUUCACAAAAUGAAACGAACACGCAGGCAGAGAAAACGAGUGAAGGUUGGCGUCAUCUUUGGGGAACAUCUAUUAACUUGAAGAAGAAGGAAAGAUGGCUGUGUGACAGCGGUGUGUAUACAGUGUGUGUGUGUGUAUGUGCAUAUAUAUAUAUAUAUAUAUAUAUAUAUAUAUAUAUAUAUAUAUAUAUAUAUAUAAAUAUAUAUAUAUAUGUAAAUGUGUAUGUUAUAGACUUUCACUGCUACUGUAAAAAUGUGUUUAUUUAAGAAUGAGAUAACUAUGACAAGAAAAACUGUUUAGUCCACAUUUGGGGGUUAAAAUGGCAAAAAAAAAAAAAAAGUCUUUACUUCACAGGUUUGUUACUACAUGUUUGUCUCCUUGUAGCUUAGAUGCAACAAAACAAUGUUACCUCAGUGUUCCUAGUCUCUCUGCAUGAACUUAAUGAGUUCAUUUUGGGUUUCACAGAAUGUAAAAGUGUUCCUGUUAACAGUAGCAUUUCUUUGUCGAUGCUUGAAUAAUUAGUAUUUUUCUCCCCUCUUGUGCUAGUUGAGAGAAAUACACUCAGAUGUGACGAUAACACCGUGUUGCCUGUCUAAAGCACUGGGGAGAAAUCAUUUUUUUUGGUAGUGGGAUUGUAGUUUGCAUCACUGCUUCAUUGUCACUGAGUUUUUGGCUGCAAGGACGUAAAACCACUAAACGAAACAGUAGUGGUUUCUAUAGAGUUCUGUAGUUAAAAAAAACCUGUCCCGAGUGUAGAGAGAGAAAAAUACAACCCCAAAAACUGCAAAUAAGUAAGAAUCCGGUGAUGUCUUAGAACAAACUAUACUAGCAAUGUCAUAAACAUGCAAACUGACUGGGAUUAGGAAUAUUCAAAGGAGAAAAUAAAGGAACAUUAUUUAGAACAUGUCAUUUGAUUCUAAAACUUUUUUUUAAAGAUGUUUAAGAAAUAAAACUUGAUGCAUGUAUCCAGUCACAUGUAAAAAACACAUUUAUUAUGCUAUUGCCAAGAAAAGACAGACAGUUCCUUAUAAUUCCAAGGUUCUAUUUUAAUAGUAAGGAGAGUAAAAAAAUAUUAUUCAUAGUUUAUAUUUAAAACCUCUUCCACUGGUCUCUUUUUCGCUGGAGAUUUUGUAAUUAUUGGACACAUAUUUAUUCGUAAAAUGUCAGACACACACACACACACACACACACACACACACACACACACACACACACACACACACACACACACACACACAA